UCGUCUUGCUUUCAUAUGCAGCAACCUACAUCUUGUAUAGAGGGUAUCAUGACAACGAAGUAAACAAAUAAUUUAUUGAUUAAUGAAAUUUUAUUCAGCUUGGAUCGAGAUGAAAAAAUCAAAGAAGAAAAUCUAUCGAAAAUAUGAAGAUUUCUACAACGCUCAAGACUUGCGUGAUCCCGACACGUUUCCACGAAUUAAUUUAACAAUCAACGAUUUUGAUGCGAGCGGUGGUGUUGUUAAUCCACGUGCGCCAUGUCUUGUGACUACUAUCGACCCAGGUUAUGUGAAGGAUGCACGCACCCAACGUUUGGCGAGAAAAUUUCGCAUGAAAACCGAUAUAUUACUUUUGCGUGAAAUAACUCGCAAGAAAUUUAUGAUUUACUCCACACAACAAAUGUAUUUGGAUAAAGAGCGCGAGAAAAAACAGCAGGAAGAAGAAUACACGGGACUGCUUGACUUUUACGAAUUCACAGGAAACUCAUUGGAAACGAUUGAAAGAAAUGCAUUCAAAGAUAUGAAAACCUCACUGGAGGAAUGGCAAGAAAUGCAAAAAUGCACGCUAGCCCAUGAGCUCAAAGCGGUAAUUGAAGACCACAGACGCGCUUUGGUCGAAGCUCAUGAAGUCUAUCAACGCUUUUUGUAUUUGCUUAAAUUAAUUGGUUACUUUGAUGAAAUCGACGAUGAGGCGCCAGCCAGUGAAGGUGGCAGGUUAGUUUUACCGAACGAGAUUGCAGAGCUCAAGCCACAGAACGAAAGUGAGGCUGGUAUGAAGCAAAUCGAAGUGGUUAAAAACUAUAUGGACGCCGUUAUACGCCCAUAUUUGGCUAAGCGAAAUCACUUGAAUGCGGAUGUGUGGUUAAAGGGAUUUGAGUUAACUCGAACUAAACUUUCUAACUACUAUAAACGUUAUACAAAUUUGGCAUUAUUAAAUCACAUUGUGGCGCUGGUCCAUGAAAAGUUUCAAAAGACACAGACGCGUUGCAGCGUUCCGGCACUGCUUAAAGACCCUCAUUUUAUGAAGGAGCGCGUUAACACUUUGAAAUUGCGUGCAGAUAGGGCUUUAGCGAAAUAUGAGAGCAAACAAAAACAAGACAAAUUAUCUUUAAAACUCAAUGCUACAGUACCGAUUAUACUUAAGAGUUUACAGUGCACUAGAAUGAGAGCAAGCGAGUCAGAUAAUGAUCACGCGCUACAAAGGGAUGACGAUCGAAGCGUCAACUCAUAUAAAUCACGGACUGAAUCUGUUUUGAGCUCUUAUAGAGAUGAGCCAGAUACUACACUGACAAAAAUUGAGCAAAUACAAGCAUAUCUGCUGUGGCUAUUGAACGAACUGGAUGACAUGCCACCAGAUCUCUGCAAGAAAGUCGAGAAACGUGUAAGGCGACGUGUAGCCAUGGCAAAGGAGAAGUCCCGCCGUGCAUUAGUCGAGCAAACACGUUUACAGAACUGGAUGACCCAUUUUAAGAGACAUGAAUUACAGAGACAAAAGGAUACUGCCAUAUGUGUGCGCAGAAAAAUAACUCACGAAAUUUGAAGCUCAAACAAUUAAGUAAAAAGUGUUUUCAUAAUUAGUAUCUCUUACCUCACAUCAGUACCCGCUAUGGCCAAAUAGGUACCACUCUGGUCAAAGCACAAGUCUUUGACU